UACAAAUGUCAAGAUUGUCUUGGGGAGCCCCUGUAUUGCACAGGCUGCUGCAGGAGUCAACAUCGAUGCAAUCUUUUCCACUGGAUCAGUCAAUGGAAUGGUCAGUUCUUUGAGCAAAGUUGUCUCGCUCAUGUCAGACUCGUGAUACACCUCUGUCAUGAUGGAAAG